UUGAUGAGAUGGAGACAGGCAGAACUGAGAGAGCAGCGUGAAGACAUUUCAGACUCCAGAACGCUGUGAUCGAAGGUGUGUUCACAACUCCCUAACCUCCCAGUUCCUCAAGUUCCCAUGGCACAGUACGACCCGGGAGACCUCCCUCCUUCAUACUACGAGGCUGUGCAGUCUCCGCCCCCCUUCCAGCCUAACCAUGAGGUGCGUUACGGAAAAGGAGAUAAUCCCCUACCCAGCCCACCGUACUACAUUCCCCAGAAGGACCCUCCAGUGCCUGCACCUGAAAUCAUCCAAAAAUCUACCACAAUACACGUGACAAAGGUGACCUACCGGAAAAGCAGAUGCUGUUUGCUGGUAAUUGGGAUUCUCCUGGUUGUAGUCAUCAUCCUUGGCCUCUCCAUUGGGCUGGGAGUUUACUAUGGCACCAGGAGCCACAGUGGAAAUGGCUGUGCAGGUGGAGACCAUGAUGAUGGCUGCACCAGUGGGGGUGGCAGUGAAGGUCAUGGUGGAGAUGAUAAUGAAGGAGCCUACUCUGAUGGUGGUGGAAGCCAUGAAGAUGGACACAACCGAUUAGGCCAGCUGUUAACAACAUUGGCUCAGGACCCCUGUGACAACUUGGCUGAACAGUGCGAUGGGUAUCAGGACUGCCCCUCGGGCAGCGAUGAGAUGGACUGCGUGAGGCUUGGGGCCAAUGAUGCCCUGCAGAUCAGGAUCAACAACAGUUUUCUUCCUGUCUGCGCCCAAGGUUGGAGCCAAUUUCUCGCUGACAAGACCUGUGCUCAGAUGGGCUUCAGAAAGAGCUUCCAAAGCACACCAAUAGAUGGUGAGGUAACAAGUGGCAUAAUAGUGACCAACGUAUCUUCAGAGUUCAUCCAGGGCCAAGGCACAGUCAGCCCUGUAUGCCCUGGCCAGCAGAUUGUCUCUUUGAUGUGUACUGACUGCGGCAGGCAAGAGGUCAGCUCCCGUAUCAUAGGAGGCACUCCGGCACAGCUGGGCCAGUGGCCCUGGCAGCUCAGCAUGCACUACCUAGGCUCACACAUAUGUGGAGGAUCCUUGGUGGCUCCAGAUUUCGUGGUGACAGCUGCUCAUUGCUUCUCCGGGUCGAACCCCUCCACCCUCAACUCCUCUAACUGGAAAAUUUAUGGAGGAAUGAUCUCGCAGAGCAAUCUUCCUCCUCCAUACUUUAUUUCAAAGAUCAUGAUACAUGAAAACUAUAACUCCCACACUCAUGACUAUGAUAUUGCCUUGGUGAAACUGAAUGAUCCAGUGACGUUCUCAAAGGACAUUCAACCGCUUUGUCUGCCUACCUUCAACCAAAUAUUCCCGCCUGGGACAAAGUGCUGGACCUCUGGCUUUGGGACCACAGAGCAAGGAAUAGAAAAGGUCUCCACUCUCAUGAUGGAUGUCAGUGUGAACAUCAUUGACUCCAAGGUGUGCAACAGCAGCACUGUGUACCCCAGCCUGAUCACCAGUAACAUGGUGUGUGCUGGAGAUCUCAAUGGGGGCAGGGAUGCCUGUACGGGAGACAGUGGAGGUCCACUGGUCUGCCCUGGACCUGGCCAGCGCUGGUACUUAGCGGGAGUGACCAGCUGGGGUGAGGGUUGUGGGAAGAAGAAUAAGCCAGUAGUCUAUAGCAAUGUGGAAUCUCUACUGUCUUGGAUCUAUGGAAAAAUGGAGGAAGAGAGGCCAUAACCUCUCCUCAGCCUUCUGAAGAUCUUUUACUGUUCGGGAGUUCUAUCCAAGUCCCUCAUCUGGUCACCAACCUGGAAUUUUGCCCAUUCUAAUGAACAAGGACCGAGGCGGACGAAUGAUCUGCUGGGAAGAGGAGACUUCAGCAUCAAACAUGUUAACUUGGGACUGUGGGAUUCUCUGCUGUCAUAGUAGUCCACUCACAUCACCACGGACCACUGACCUUCUUACCUCCUACCACUACUUCAGCACUGCCAACUUCUGCAGAGCAAAAUGAGGACAACUUUAUUUGAUCCCACAGGGAUCGUGCAGAAUCAAAUUAACCAAAAAGGUUUUGCUCGUGUGAGCAGGGGCUGAGAUUGAUAGAAUACCACGCUCUUCCGGUACAGCUCUUAGCUGUACUGAUAUACUGAUGUAUUACAGAAUCCACAUUGUUCUUUAAAAGUAAUUGCAAACUACACUGUGUUCCCUUUUCGGGACUACUUUUACAUCUUCUCAUUUUGUAAAUAUAACUAAUUUUUUCAAUUAAUAGAAUAUAAUCUUGAUUGAUUUUCCUGAUCUGUCAUUGGUAGUCCUGAAUUGUUUAGAUGUAUUUUUAUAACUGUUGCACCAUUAUAUAGUAAGGAUGUUUCAUAUUUGUCUGGUGGUCAGUUCUGCUUUUGCUGGAAGAGCAUGUUUCCAAUAUAUAGGUUGUGUCUUCGUACCGCACAACUCAGAGUACCGUAACGGGGGGUAUUUACAUCUUUUCAUAGUGUGGUAAUCCAAAAAUAAUGGGGGGGGAAAAAAAGCACUUGUGAUUUGUGUUUCUUGAUUUAUAUGGCACAGUAAAUCAAAACUCUGACUGUCUUUGGGACACAGGAUCUCUGCAAUCUUUUAAUUUGAAACAUUAAA